AUGGUCCGGCUACCGCUCCCGCAGCGGCUCAGCUCGCACCUGUCCGCCCGAAGCGCGAGCUCAACCCCCGGCCAGAGUCGCAGUACAAGUCCAAUGCGCCCGGUGGAAUCAAAGCCUUUGAUGAUCAAAAUCACUGUCCUCCGGGGUCAAAAUCUUGCAGCAAAAGAUCGAGGUGGUACGAGUGAUCCGUACCUGGUAGUGAAUUUAGGCGAUGCGAGACAAUCCACCCCGACGAUCUCGAAGACCCUGAACCCGGAAUGGAACGUGUCAUUUGAGAUGCCCGUGGUGGGCGUACCCCUCUUGGAAUGUAUUUGUUGGGACCAUGAUCGAUUCGGCAAGGACUACCUGGGCGAGUUUGACAUUGCGCUGGAGGACAUUUUCUCGGAGGGACAAAUCACCCAAGAGCCGAAAUGGUAUACCCUCAAAUCAAAACGGCUGUCCAAUCGAUCCAACCGCAAGAAGAAGAAGAAGAAGAAGAAGGACAGUAAUGUUUCCGGUGAGAUCUUGCUCAUGUUCUCGUUGUCCGACUCUGCGAACCCAAAUGCAUCCGCAUCAGAAGUCUACAGAAAAUUCAGAAGCCUGGUCUGUGCGGGCGAGGAGGAGGACCAGGUUGCGUAUGAUCAGCUCCCGCAGGCAGAGCUAGAUGAGGAGGAAACAUCGGAUGAGACCGACGAUCUAUCUAAGACCGAGGUGGUCGAGAAGCGCCGACGUCGGCUUCGUUUGGCGCGUCUGAGACGCAAGUCCCUGGCAGCCCGUGCAUAUCAAUUCUCGGGCUCAGGAACCGGCGUGCAGGGUAUUGUGUUUAUCGAGGUGGUUCGGGUCACCGAUCUACCUCCUGAGCGGAAUGUGACACGGACAUCGUUCGACAUGGACCCUUUUGUGGUGACCUCUCUCGGACGGAAGACCCUGAGAACCCCCGUUAUUCGCCAUAACCUGAACCCCGUCUACCAUGAGAAGAUGGUCUUCCAGGUAAUGAAACAUGAGCAGAGCUAUACAAUCAGCUUCACCGUGAUGGACCGUGACAAGUUUUCGGGCAAUGACUUUGUCGCAUCCGCAAACUUCCCCCUUCAAGCCCUGGUCAAAUCGGCCCCGGAGGCCGACCCGGAGUCUGGUUUGUAUCAUUUUGUAGAAUCAGAAGAACCUCCCAGUCCACCAACCAAGUCUAGUCCUCGGUUUUCUGCCAGUCCUUCGGCUUCGUCACAAAACCUCUCCAAGAUGACUCGUCCCACUUUGAAAUCUCGCACCUCAUCAACCUCUCUUUCAAACAACUCGUUGUUUGAUGUGGCUCCUCGACCUCCGCCUACCUCGGUUCCUGCAGUAAGCGGCCUAGAGACGGACAGUAGUUCUACUUUACAGGUUCCUCCAUCCAACAUUGCCACUGAAACCAACGAUCCAAUUCCCCCAGCCGAUGAGGAUGGUUUGCGAGCCUAUAUGAUACCAUUGACCCUGAAGAACCGAGACCGAUGGGAGGAUAAGCACUCACCCGAGUUGCUAAUCAAGGCCAAAUAUUUACCAUAUAGCGCGCUUCGCCAACAAUUCUGGAGACUGAUGCUCAAGCAAUAUGAUGCGGAUGACAGCGGCCGCAUCGAUAAGGUGGAAAUGACCACAAUGCUCGACACUCUCGGAUCUACCCUGAAGGAAUCGACAAUCGACAGCUUUUUUGAGCGUUUCAGCGCAGAAAACCAGCCCAGUGAGACGGCCGAUCUGACCUUUGAUCAAUGUGUGACCUGCCUUGAGGACACCCUACAGGCCCUGCAGAAGAAGAACGCGGUGUCUGCCAUUCCUUCGAUACCCAUGCCACGGAGACCCCGACCUGGCCCCUCGUCCGUUGGAAGCCAAGAAAGUGAGGAGCCAUCAAGCAGCGAUGAGCUCGCGAAUGAAAUCAGCAGUAGCAUGCCGGCCAAUGCUAAUUUCCCUGGAAUAGGUGUGCCAACCAUCAGUAGUGACGAUCAACCCAGUUCCAACGACGACGACCUUCGACCCGAUGAUCUUGUCGAUGAGCGCGGUGAAGAGCAUGUCGUGGAAAUUCGCGAGUGUCCGCUCUGUCAUCAGCCUCGUCUCGCGAAGCGCUCUGAUGCGGAUAUCAUCACCCAUAUCGCGACUUGUGCGAGCCGCGACUGGCGACAGGUUGACAACCUUGUUAUGGGUGGCUUUGUCACUUCAAGCCAGGCGCAGCGCAAAUGGUACUCGAAGGUCAUCACCAAGAUCUCGUAUGGUGGAUACAAGCUGGGAGCCAACUCAGCCAAUAUCCUUGUGCAGGACCGGAUCACAGGCCAGAUUAAUGAGGAGCGUAUGAGUGUCUAUGUCCGUCUUGGGAUCCGCCUGCUCUACAAGGGUCUCAAGAGUAAGGACAUGGAGAAAAAGAGAAUUCGUCGCGUAUUGCGCUCCCUUAGUAUCAAGCAAGGGCGUAAAUAUGACGACCCAGCAUCCGCCAGCCAAAUCCAGGACUUCAUAAAUUUCCACCAAUUGGACAUGUCCGAGGUUCUUCUGCCCAUUGAGAAAUUCCGUACCUUUAACGAGUUCUUCUAUCGCGCCCUGAAGUCCAACGCGCGCCCGUGCUCGGCUCCUGAUGACUCUAGGAUCGUUGUCUCGCCAGCCGAUUGUCGCUCCGUGGUUUUCGACCGCCUCGAUGAAGCCACAAGCGUGUGGGUGAAGGGCCGAGAAUUUUCGAUCGAGAGACUGCUCGGCGAUGCAUACCCCGAAGACGCAGCCCGGUACAAGAACGGCGCUCUGGGUGUUUUCCGUCUGGCACCUCAGGACUACCACCGUUUCCAUGUGCCUGUCGAUGGAAUCAUGGGCGAGCCCAAGACCAUCGAGGGUGAGUACUACACCGUCAACCCGAUGGCCAUCCGCUCCGCGCUUGACGUGUAUGGCGAGAAUGUCCGGGUUCUAGUUCCCAUUGACUCUGUUUCCCAUGGCCGUGUGAUGGUCGUAUGUGUUGGCGCUAUGAUGGUGGGCAGCACCGUUAUCACUCGCAAAGGGGGCGAGAAGGUCUCUCGAGCCGAAGAACUUGGAUAUUUCAAGUUCGGCGGCAGCACCCUUCUUAUCUUGUUUGAGGAGGGCGUGGUCAAUUUUGACAAGGAUCUGGUGGACAAUUCCAAGGGCCCUCUUGAGACAUUGAUUCGCGUCGGCAUGUCUGUCGGGCAUAGCCCUGAGGUCCCGCAGUUUGAACCCGACAUGCCCAAGAAGGCAGAAAAUAUCACGGCCGAGGAUAUGGAAGAUGCCAAGCGUCGUAUUUCCGGGAGUUUCGCUACUCCGAGCGACUCCUCGACGCUCAGCGUCAAUCCUUAA